UCUAACACUACGAAAAACAAUCCACCUUCCAACUGCCAACUGCCGACUGUCGACAGAGCUCUUGAAACUUACAAUCCAAGAUUAACCACUUGAAACUCAACUCAAAUAUCAACAUGAAUCGCAACUUGUCUUUAAUUCUUUUGGCCGUCGCGUUGGUUUUGCUGGUCGUAACCACAAUGAUCGAUGCCGAGUGCCGCUGGUUGGACUGUCACGCACAUUCAUCUGGCGACUGGUGCAACAUACUUGGACCCGGUUGGAGAGUCAAAACUUGGCGUCGUUGUAACGGAUUGUUGGGAAAAUCCGAACAGUGCUGCAAAUAACGCAAUCACAUCAAUAGCUGAACUCAAUCUUUCUUUUUAAUACAUUUUGACUUUGUACCGAAGAUUUUUAGUAAGACGCGCUUACCAAGCUUACAUGUACCUAUUAUACUAUUAAUAACAAUCAUUGAAUUAUUAUUAUCGUGUCGAAAACAUUUAAUUUUUUUUUUUUUC